AUGGCUUCCAACUUCAAUAUUGACUAUACCGACGAACAGGACCUGCCCGAUGCUUCCUACAUGCCCUUUCCGGGCCAGGUCGGUAAUUAUGCCUUCGGGGCCAUGCUCCCCCAGGACUCGAACCUCCCACUACAGAAUUUUGAUCGGUCCCAACCGGGCAUGUCAAAUGUCAUGCUCGCCUACGAAGGCGCCAACGCAGUCUCAAUGCCCAUGAAUCUGGACCCCGCCAACGCCUUUGCCUACGAUGCUGCCUACCCGCCCACCACCAUGGGGAUGCCCCAGUACCAGACUACAUACCCGCCCUUCCAACAGUCCAUGCCCAUGUAUUCCCGACCCGCCCUCGCCAGGAGGGAACAGUACGAUACCAGCACAGAUUCCACCGCCAACUUCGAAGAUUCAGAUUUUUCAGCCCGCAACAGCGACCGCUCCCAGGUGCCCGCGCGGGCCCCGCGGCGGUUAGAACGACCACAGCCGGGCCCGCGUCCCUCACAACCUGUGGCGAUCCAGCCCAAGAAACCCGCUCCCGCUCAAGAGGAUAUCCCGCCCGGGCUGGAAAAGCCGGGCAUCGGUAAGACCGAACACACGGGAAUCUACUCGAGUAGUGGCUUUGACGUGUUGGGUGCGCUGGGUCGCGUGGCGAUGAGGCCAAAUCCGAAAAUCAACAUUGGCGCUGUGGAUCUGUCCUGCGCCUUUGUCAUGUGUGAUAUCCUUCGCGAGGAUCAACCAAUCGUAUACGUCUCAGAGGCCUUUGAAAGGCUGACGGGGUAUACCAAAGACGAGAUUGUCGGCCGUAACUGUCGGUUCCUGCAAGGACCCGAUGGUAAGAUCAGUGCCGGCGCGAAGCGAACCUUCGUGGACGGUCAGACCGUCCACCGGCUGCGAUCAACCAUUGAUGACCGCAAUGAAAUCCAAGCCAGUAUUAUUAAUUAUCGCAAGGGUGGACAACCCUUUAUGAACCUCAUCACUAUGAUUCCCAUCCAGUGGGACUCGGGCGAGUAUCGCUUCUAUGUUGGCUUCCAGGUGGAUCUGGUUGAGAAGCCAGACGCUGUCAGUCGAAGGAAUCCUGAUGGCACUUACAGCGUGAAUUACCAGCGGGAUCAAUUGCCCCAAUAUGUGGUCCCGCCGGAUGUCUAUUCAUCGCGGCCAGAUCUCACGGCGCGCUACGGCCAUGAUGAAGUGACUGCGAUUCUCAACGCAGCCAGUGCUGCAGGGAACGAAGUUAACCGGCACUUUUUGGAUCGCAUCUUGGUAGAUAACACCGACGAUGUGAUCCAUGUGCUUUCCUUCAAUGGUGAAUUCCUAUAUCUUUCGCCUUCUUGCUCCCGGGUUCUGGAAUACGAGCCGGUCGAGCUCGUUGGCAAGACACUGUCUACUAUCUGUCACCCUAGCGAUAUUGGUCCUGUGAUCCGUGAUCUGCGAGCGAGCACCACCACCGCUCCAGUGAGUGUUGUCUAUCGUAUCAGACAGAAACACAGGGGUUACAUGUGGUUCGAGAGUCACGGUGCAUGGCACAUCGACCCGACCCAGGGCCGAAAGCAUUUGGUUAUGACGGGCCGUCCACGACCAGUGUACGCACUGGACCAGAUUGCCCGGCUGGGGUCAUCUGCCGCACUGGCUGAGAAUGAUGUCUGGGCCAAGGUCUCCCUCUCCGGUGUGAUCUUGUUCAUCACCACUAAGGUGAAACCAGUACUUGGUCGUACGCCCGACGACCUCAUUGGCAAGGGCAUGCACGAAAUAAUGGAACCCGAGUCUGGCGGGCCUGCCACCAUCACACGAGCCCUGGAGGCGGCAUGUCGUGGCCAGGGAGCUGGCCUAGCCACUACUAGCACCGAAAAAUCCCACGAAGAAGCCCCAUCCUUCAAACAUCAGAUGCGACAUAAGAAGGGCCAUGUCCUCUCCGCCCACACUACUAUAUACACCGGUGAUGCUCGGGAUGGUUCCAAGCCUACUUUCCUCGUGGUCCAAAUCCGCUUCGCUCGAUCAUUCCCUCCCUCCAGCACGGCCCUUUCAGCCGCCGCUGACGACAGCCUCGGCUCUCUCCCAGGCACCGCACGCAAUUCAACCCUCACGGUCGACGACCCCCUCCCACCCAGCCAGUACGGCGCGCUGGGCCAGCGCAUCCCCGAUCUCUCCACCCUCAUUGGCCUGAAUGGUCUCCCAGCCGGCAACCGCAACGUCUCCCCGUCUGCCGACCCGGCCACUUUCUUCACAGAGCUCAACCCCACUCGCGGAUCGAGCUGGCAGAUAGAGCUCAGAGAGCUGGAGAAGCAAAAUCGCACACUAUCUGAUGAGCUGCAGCGCUUACUGGCGCGUCGGAAGAAGCGCAAGCGCAAGCAGACGGCCAUCUCCGUCGAGAAGUCCUGCGCCAUGUGCAAGACCAAGAACACACCAGAGUGGCGGCGCGGACCGAGCGGAAACCGUGAUCUCUGCAAUAGCUGUGGGUUGCGGUGGGCCAAGCAAGUUCGUGGUCAAGCACAGGCGCAGGCGCAAGCAAUGGCAUAA